CUUGGCUGCCCUCAAAUACUGGGACCUUCCACACAUAUCAACUUCCCGUUGGAAGAUUAUCAACAAGAACUCGAGGAAAUGAAGAACAUGAGUCGACAAGAAUAUGUUGCUCAUUUGAGAAGAAAAAGUAGUGGGUUCUCACGAGGAGCUUCUAUGUACCGAGGCGUGACGAGGCACCACCAGCAUGGAAGAUGGCAAGCUCGAAUUGGGAGGGUUUCAGGAAACAAAGAUCUUUAUCUUGGAACCUUCAGUAAGUUUUUGAGGUUAGAAGUCCAACCGCUAUGCUGCACCCAAUCUAAGAUGCUGAAAUUUCAGAGGUCCUGUCGAAGAAUGUGGUUACUGGCAAUGACUCUGGUUUUGUGCAUCAGGCAUAGGUGGAUUGAUUAGGUUGCUGAUAUUUUUACAUAGGGUCUCUCCGCUUAACGCUAGCUUCACUUUUCUUCGAUCCAAGCUCCUGGUUCAUGAGUUGGCCCAUUGACUUGCAAGAGCGUAUUAACCUAGUCAAAGUUUAUCCCAACAGCGUGUCCCAUGCUUGCAACUUUUUUUUGUUGUGAAAAAGCUUACUUAUUGUAAACUAUCUGGUCAUUGUGUUUUCAUUUUAACCACAUGUAGAUUGCACGAGCAAUUUCAUUUUGUACUUAUCUUUUUAUAUAAGCAUCUACAAACUCUCUUUCAA